GCUGGCUCCGCACCUUCGUUGUCGUGCAAACAGAUCGCCUGUUUGCUCGUGUCAAAACCACAAUCCACAUUGCUCUCCAUCAAAAACACAAUAGCCUGUCACAAAUUUGGUUGCAACCCUUUCUCUCAGCUAUCCACUACAUCUCCAUCGGUAUAUCAAUAGUCCCCAACUCAUUCACUAGGGUGGUUGUAAUCAAAAGGACUUGACUGGACAAGAGAUAGCUCAAAAACCGAUUCGUCUUUCCUGCGGAACAUGCAAUUUUCUAUUGCAGCUGUGAAUCCUGCAAUCAGCAUGACAACUGGUCCCAUGGUUACUCCGAUCAAGGCCAUCGGUCAGCCCAUGUUCAACCCAUCCUUGGAUCUUCAAAUUAGGAAAUAUGUCACUGAACAUCGCAAAACUACGGAUAACCAUGAACCCUCAACACAAGUUACCACACCAUUUCCAAAUGCGAGUGGCUCUGUCAUCCCAACACCUAGUCGAAAGAUCACUGUUGGAGAGCCCUUUGCUGUUCGUUUAGUUCCACGCAAAAGGAAACAAGGAGAUAGCAGCAUAGAAUCCUCCUUGAACAUGCGAGAAGAACUGAAAAUUUCUAGAGAGGAUGUCGAGAAAUUCUUCGACAUGCCACAACCGGACGCAGCUGUUGCUCUUGGAAUAUCCUUGUCUACAUUGAAGAAUGUGUGUAGAAAGAUUGGAGUGUACCGUUGGCCUUACCAGCGCCAGUACGGCGGAAUCAAGCAAA